AUGGCCAAAGGUAGGAGGCUAACAAUAAGUCGCAGUGAAAGACUGCUAGGAAGUAGUUACAGCUAUGGCAACGGCCAAGGACCGAUGGCUAAUGAUGUGUCCGAGCUAGGUGAAGAAGAUGUGUGGGCUAUGGUGGAUGACACGGCUGAUCGGAAUGACCAUACUGUUCACAGUUCCAAUGGAGCGUGGAGUCCACGCGCUGAGCUUGAGAGUAGUUUCGACAGCAUGUCUAUUAGCGGCGGCCAUCGCAGGAUCCCACGAGAUGGCCGCAACUUGGGUGGGUUGUCAUUGGCCUUCGAAGAUUCUUCUUCUGGCAAUAACAAAACAGCCGCCUCGAGAAUUGUGCACCAGUUUCGUGGAAAUGACCUCGUGACAUCGGCGUCACCUCGUAACAUGGCCACGUCAGCCCCCGUGAACGUGCCCGACUGGAGCAAAAUUUAUCGAGUUGACUCCGUCGAGUCGUUUAAUGACUCGGAUGAGGGGUUUGAUGAUCGCGAGUCCGAGAUGGUUCCCCCACAUGAGUACUUGGCGCGUGAAUAUGAACGGAGCCGAAAAAUGGUUGGCGCCUCCGUUGUUGAGGGUGUGGGCCGGACACUUAAGGGCCGUGACAUGCGGCGCGUGCGUGAUGCAGUGUGGAGCCAAACUGGGUUUUAUGGAUGA